AUGGACUAUCUCAAGAAGAAGGAGUACGAGGGAAAUGAGAAGAUCAAAGGAAUGCAAGUGCUGAAUCUGGUUAGAGAAUUUGAGAUGCAGAAAAUGAAGGAAUCUGAAACUAUUAAAGAGUAUUCAGAUAGACUUCUCAAUUUCGUAAACAAGGUACGAUUAUUUGGUUUUGAAUUUGCUGAUACAAGAAUAGUUCAAAAAAUUCUAGUUACUGUCCCGGAAAGAUUUGAAGCUACCAUCUCUUCUUUGGAAAAUACUAAGGAUCUGUCAAAGAUUGGCUUGGCAGAAUUGAUACAUGCUUUGCAGGCUCAAGAACAGAGAAGGCUUAUGAGAAGUGAAGGUUCUGUUUUAUGA